AUGGCAUCUACUCAUCAGAAGAUAUGGUGGUCGACAGUGCUCCUUUUCGGGCUUUCAAACUUACAACAUGGCACUCUUGGGGAUCCACAAGUACCGUGUUACUUCAUAUUAGGCGAUUCAUUGUCGGACAGUGGCAACAACAAUGCCCUUUCUACACUUGCAAAAGUCAAUUACCUGCCAUAUGGAAUUGACUUCCCUCAAGGUCCUACUGGAAGAUUCUGCAAUGGUCGAACAGUUGUCGAUGUUAUAGCUGAACUCCUGGGUUUCAACAGUUUCGUCCCACCCUUUGCAACAGCAGAAGGUGAGGUCAUACUCAAAGGUGUGAACUAUGCAUCUGGUGGAUCAGGCAUCCGCGACGAAAGUGGUCAAAACCUGGGUGACAGGAUUUCCAUGAAUGAACAGCUGGAAAAUUACCAAACGACAGUCUCUCAAAUCAACGACAUACUAGGAAGUGACACUGCUGCUGCAACGCACCUAAAUAAGUGCCUAUUUACAGUUGGAAUUGGCAGCAACGAUUAUAUUAAUAACUACUUAAUGCCAGAUUUGUACCCAACAAGUCGCCUGUAUACCCCAGAUCAAUAUGCUGAAGCAUUGAUCGAACAAUAUUCUCAGCAGUUGAAGACAUUAUACGGGUAUGGAGCCAGGAAGUUGGCACUUUUUGGACUAGGUCUAAUAGGUUGCGCUCCUGCUGAAUUGGCUUCUUUUGGGCCAAGUCCUGGCUCGAAUUGUGUUGAUGCGAUCAAUGAUGCAGUCAGACUUUUUAACACCGGACUUGUAUCGCUGAUAGAUGAUCUCAAUAAAAAUUUUACCGACGCAAAGUUUACCUAUAUAAAUUUCUAUGAAAUUGGAUCGACCAAUCUGACAGCUUUUGGUUUCAAAGUUACAAACAUGGGGUGUUGCGGUGGGCAGAAUGCAUGUCUUCGUUCAUCAACUCCAUGCCAGAAUAGGUCGGAGUACGCCUUCUGGGACCAGUUCCACUCAACUGAAGCUGUAAAUCUCAUCUUUGGUCAAAGAGCAUACAAGUCGCAGACUCCAUCUGAUGCGUACCCAAUUGAUAUCAGCACCCUAGCUCAGCUCUAAUGAGGGAGAAAAUGCCUAUUACAUUAGAAUUAUCACUAUGGCAUACUUUAAUUCUAAUAAACUUCACCUGUGAAAGUCUAUGGCCUGUGUUGUGGCUUCAUUUCUUAGA